CGGAUCAUUGGUCGGGGAAGUUUUGGUAUCGUCGUGCAAUGUGAGCAAAGACGAGGAUUCUGGGAACUAUCAAGGAGAGCUGUCGCUGCAAAGGUCACAACUGUGAACCAAUACGAGAAUAAAAAGUACGAAGAAGCAGCGGUGCGACUUGUGAUGGAGAGGGCGAUUUUGAUGCACGUGCAAUCACAAUUCGUCGUUACUCUCCAAACCAGCUAUACAUACAACGACGAGUUCUGGCUCGUAAUGGAAUUAUGUGAUGGCGGAACAGUCGGUGAUGCCCUGCUGGGAAUUCAAUCUACGGAUGAGAUCGGCGCCAUAUGCGCCUGCGUCACCCAUGCUCUUGCGCAUAUCCAUGACAUGGGAAUUUGCCACCGCGAUAUCAAGUCAAGUAACAUCCUCUUGCUCUCUAGGGGCAUCGCCAAGCUUGCGGAUUUCGGCGUUGCCUGCGGAUUAUCAAGAUUGGGCGAGGAUUCAAAGUUCCACCUUGAGAAAUUUGUGGCUGGCACAUUGCAUUAUCUAGCUCCAGAAUGCUGCUGCGAUCGACCCACGGUAGUCGAGGCUCGAUCGGUGGCACGCGACGUUUGGGCCCUCGGUAUCUGCGUGUACGAGAUGUUCUAUGGUACAAUUCCUUAUGGACGCAGCGUAGACCCGCGUACCAUCAUUGUUCGAAAAGCCCCCCCCUCUUUUGGAACGCCACCGCCUGGCCGCAUUUCCUCAUCGUCAUCCAAGCUAUUGGAGGUCAUUGAUUUUGCCGCCGCAUGCCUCCAGCCGGCGCCAAAUCAACGCAAGGACGCGCACCACUUGGCACAUGCCCGUCUUGUA